UGUGCCUCCCUGAUUUGUUGACAUGCACACGCCGACUGUCUUCACUUUUGGGAUCUGUGUCUCGUACUGAAAUCACCUUUUAAUCAAAGUGUGUGCCCCUCCUGUCACUUCCAGUCAGCAUAAUGCAGAAGUUAUGCGUAUUUAACUUCACAGACGUAGGAAUGGAUGCGGACAGUAACAGUUAGGGAAGCAGGGUGUCGACAGGUGACCAACUCAAGAAAACGGGACUACACCUUUUGCCGUAUUUUUUUGUAUCCCUUUCUUCGGUUAAACCUCUCCCGGUCGCAGGCGUUUAACUCCUCUCGGGUUUACCCGCCUCUCCUGUCCCUCUCCCCGGACUUCGGCGUUUACCUCGGCAGAAGACAUGGAGGAAAAACCGGAUUUUCCCAACGAACUGCUCGAGAGUGUGCGCGAGGCGGUGGGUCCGAGGGUGAAGCUGACCCUGAGGCGCAAAGUCCAGCUGGAGGUCAAAGGUGACAAGGUGGAGAACAGAGUGCUGGCCCUGGCAUCCCAUCGAGCCUAUCUGCUGACAGCACGGGUCCCUUCCAAGGUUGAACACUCCUUCAGCUACUUGGAUAUCCAGGGAAUCAGCAGCAACAAGCCCACUCAGCUGGUGUUGGAGUAUGAGCGCGGCCCAUGGAGCCUCCGGCUGGCCUCGGUGGAGGAAGUGGACGAGGUUAUCGCUCACAUCGGCUGCUGUCUGAACCGGAUCUGCCCCGCCGGCUCCCCUGUGAAGGUGAUGAAGAAGCUGAGUCUGAAGCCUCCGGAGAGGACGGCGUCCCUCCAGGCCAUCUGGGACGAACUCAGCUCAGCAGAUCAGGGACCGUGCGGCGGCUUUUCUCAUCAGUACUGGUGUGUGUGUGAUUACCUGGGCCUGCCGUACAGAGAGGAGGUCCAAUGGGAUGUAGACACCAUCUAUCUGACUCAGGACACCAGAGAGCUCAACCUGCAGGACUUCAUUCACCUGGAGAACAGGGACCUGGUGGCGAUCAUCGCAGCUCUGGAGUACAACCAGUGGUUCACCAAACUCUGCACCAAAGACUUCAAACUGGCGACAGAUGUGUGCGACCAGAUUCUCAGAGUGGUGGCUCGGUCCAGCCGGCUGGAGGAGCUUGUGCUCGACAACACUGGACUCAGAAGUGACUUUGCUCAGAAACUGGCAAGUGCUCUGUCACACAACCCCGCCUGCACGCUGCACACACUCAGCCUGAGCAACAACUCACUGGAGGACAAAGGUGUUGCUGCUCUGAGUGCCCAACUUGCCAAACUGCCCAUGGGCCUGAAGCACCUGAACCUCUCCAGGACCUCCAUGUCUCCUAAAGGCGUGAACAGCCUCUGUCAGGCUCUGUGUGCCAACCCGGCCGUCGCCACCGCCCUCACACACCUCGACCUCUCGGGCAACUCGCUCCGAGGGGACGACAUGCCGAACCUGCACAGCUUCCUGAGUCACCCGAACUGCCUGGAGACUCUGGAUCUGUCCAACGGUGACUGCUCCCUGGAGCAGGUGUGUGCGUCUCUGCUCAGAGGAUCUUUGAAGCAUCUCUCCGUCCUUAACCUGUCAAAAUCAGUCUUCUCUCACAGGAAGUGUAAAGAAAUCCCAUCGUCCUUCAAGCAGUUCUUCAGCAGCGCUCUGGCUCUGAGCUCAGUCAGUCUGUCGGGAACCAGGCUGCCUCUGGAGGCUCUGAAAGCGUUGUUGUUGGGACUCGGCUGCAACCCAAACCUCAGUGACGUGUCUCUGGAUCUCAGCUGCUGUGAGCUGCGUUCAGGAGGCUCUCAGAUCCUGGAGGGUUGUGUGGCUGAGAUUCCCAACAUCUCCAGUCUGGACAUCUCUGACAACGGUCUGGACAUGGAUCUGACCACCCUGCUGGUCUGGCUGGCCAAGAACCGCUCCAUCAGACACCUUGCACUGGGCAAAAACUUCAACAACAUCAAGUCCAAAAAUGUCUCUCAGGUCCUGGACAACCUGGUUCACAUGAUCCAAGAGGAGGAAUCACCGCUGACCUCGCUGUCCCUAGCUGACGCCAAGCUGAAGACGGACCUCUCCAUCGUCCUCAACGCUCUGGGCAGCAACACCUCUCUGACCAAACUGGACAUCAGUGGGAAUGCCAUGGGAGACAUGGGGGCCAAGAUGCUGGCCAAAGCCCUGCAGAUCAACACCAAACUCAGGACAAUAGUGUGGGACAGAAACAACAUCAGCCCUCAGGGUCUGCAAGACGUCGCUGCUGCUUUGGAGAAAAACUACACCAUUCGUUUCAUGCCCAUACCCAUCAUGGAUGCUGCUCAGGCACUGAAGGCAAGCCCAGAGAAGACAGAGGACGCCUUACUAAAGAUGGAGCAGUACCUGCUGAGGAACCAUGAGACGCGUAAAUACCUCCAGGAGCAAGCGUACAGGCUGCAGCAGGGAAUAGUCACCACCACCACACAGCAGAUGAUGGACAGGAUGUGUGUAAAGGUGCAGGACCACCUGAACUCCCUCAGGUUCACAGAAACCAACUCCAUCCAGGAGGACAUGAAGGUGGCAGGGAACUUAAUGAAAGAUGCCAGGAACUCCAAGAGACUGCUCCCCAACCUGUACCACCUGAAGAGUGGGGGGUCCAGCGGAGCGUACAUCGAAGCCAUUCAGGACAAACUGGAGUCGAUGGCUGGAGAGGUGUCCCAGGUGAUGGACGGACAGCUGCAGACAAUGCUGGUGUCCAUGGUGGAGGCUGCUGAGAGUCUGUGUCCUCAUGUGAUGAAGAGGAGCAGCCUUCGCCAGGAGCUGCUGAAGGCCGGAGCCGGGAGGAUGACUGUUCCCCGCAGCUUUGUCACCAACACGCUGCUGGAGCAGGCCGGGGUCGACAUCGUCAACAAGAUCAGUGAACUGAAGCUGAGCAUGGCGUCAUUUCUGUCUGAUCGCAUCGUGGAUGAGAUCCUGGAGUCUCUGUCCGGAUCACAGCAUACUCUGGGCGACCAUCUGAUCAGGAAGAGUCAGCCUCUGCUGCAUCACGAGCCCCACAUGGAGACGGAGGUUCUGGAUGAGAUGGUUCUGCAGCCAGAGAAACACAACCAGGAACAAAAACAUGGGCUGGAGGAUAUGGACACCUGCAUGAUGACUCCUAAAUCCAAGAGGAAGAGUAUAAUGGUACGGAUGCUGCGCCCAGUCUCUGUGGCGUUUGAGAUGGAGUUUGACCUGGACAAGGCUCUGGAGGAGGUUCCCAUCCAUGUUGAGGACCCUCCUCCUCCACAGCCAUUGGACAGAAUGUCAGCCUACUAUGCAGACCUCCCCGCUCCUCCUACUCCGCUGGAUACAAAGUCAGUCAUUUUGGGCGAGCUGCCGCCUGUGGAGCACAAGAUGCUGGAGCAUCACACCAAACUCCGCCCAAAACCCAUGAAGAGGACAAAACCCAGCCGACCACCUCUCAAGGCCACCGGCAGCUCAGCGCUACAUGAGGCAGAGCAGAACAGCAUCAUGGGAAAGCUGGACGAGGGCCUGGAUGACUUCUUCUCCAAGAAAGUCAUUAAACUCAGCUUCAAACUUCCCACUGUGAGAGGUCCGACCUCCAGCCCGCCUGAAGCUACAGAUAAGAAACGUGAAUCCAGGAAGAGCGGGUUUUUUAACCUCAUCAAAUCCCGGACGUCCCGCUCCGAGAAGAGCCACGGAGCCCCCUCCAUCACGCCACCCCACCAUGGCUCCUCCAACACUGCUUCAUCCUCUCAGUCUUUUACACCAGUAACUGAGGAAACGUCUCCAACGCUUCCGACUCCGCCCGCGAAAAACUCUGGCACUGUGUCAGAGCCCCAUCAGGAGCUCCACAGGGCUCAAUCCUCGGACCACACAGAUUCUAAGAUGGAGGCCCCUCCGACCGCUGCGGUGGAGAAGAAAGAGGAGAAGAAGAAUGUGGAGAAUAACGAGAACCUGGGGAAGAAGGAGAACCUGGAGAAGAAGGAGAACCCCCACAUUCCCCGCCAUAUCGGGGUCCCUAUGAUGGGCAUGGACCUGCUGGCUGAGAUGAAGGCCAGACAGGGGAGAAUGGCUGGAAAGAAGACUGAGACGACAUCCUUGCUGGACAAGGUGGGCGAUGACAAAGCCAAGUCAGACGUCCAUCCGGUUGUCCCAGCAGAUGCUGAUGAGUCCAGACCAGAGCUGAUUCCCAGGUCAAAACCACCCGGAGUCAACCCCAAACCCCCACCCCAGCCCACCAAACCCCCACUGGUGCGCCGCACCUCUGGGCCCCUCAGUCCUGCCAGUCCAACCAGUCCCAGGCCGAGCAGCACCUACAUCUUCGACGACUCUGCUGCAGCUCCAGCAGGAAGCGCUUCUGCCAAAGGACCACUUCCUGCCCCUCGCCUGAAGAGGGCGUCGUCAGAGCAGGAGAGAGAGAGCGCCAGCAGCAACCCUGCAGGACCCCUGUCUCCACUCGACGUUGAGUUUCCCGCGGACGGCAAUGCGUUCGAGCCGCCCAGUCCAGCUGUUGAACCCAGCGCCGGUGGCAGACAGUGGUCGUCUCUGAAGAGGUCGACCAGUCCUCCGGCUGCAACGGAGGACGAGCGAGAGCGAACCAAGUCCCUCCCCGCCUACGUGAGGCCUCCAUCUCCGGCAGACUCUGAUCUCAGUCCAGCUGAGGAGGAGGAGAUUCCCUCUCCAACCGCUGAUCUCAAGUCUGACAGCUUAUCAGAGGACGAGUCCGACGAUGCCGGCCCUCCAGUCUGACGCCAACCAGAUGUUUACAGUCUUUAAAAUCCCGCUCGGCUGUCCUCUCUACGCCAGGGAAACGCUAAGGAGCUCAAUCACAUGCAUACAUACAUUCCAAAGAAGAGACAGUGGACAAUUUUCUUUUUUUUUUUUUUUUUUUUUUUUUUUUAACAAUUGCUGGAGAGGCACAUGUAAGCAGAGGGGACACUGUACAGCAUUUUGCACGUGUCAUGCUGUUAUCAGUGGAGUUUUCAGACCUUGGGGCAGUCCCAGCUGUCCUGCCAAAACGGACACCAAAACAGCUCCAUUACCGUCUCCGUCAACAGCUCUAAUGGGACCAUAAAGAGCAGGCCAGAUGCUCUGUUACAGAGACAAUCUGUAGUUGCUUAGAUAACCAGGUCCAGCUAUA